AUGGUUCCCCCACCACCUGUCAGCAAGCCCCAUGUGUGCCUCUCCACUGUGCUCAUCAUGACCAGCCUCGUCCUCAUGGAUGCCUACCUGGUGGAGCAGAGCCAGGGCUCCAGGAAGCUGGGCAUCUGUGUCAUGGUGGCAGUGGGUGACAUAUGCUUCCUGCUGGUCCUCCGCUAUGUGGCUAUCUGGGUUGGGGCAGAGGUAAAGACAGCUAAGCGAGGAUAUGCCAUGAUCCUCUGGUUCCUGUAUGUCUUCGUUCUGGAGAUCAAAGUCUACUUUGUAUACCAGAAUUAUAAAGCUGACCGGAAAAGCUUGGAUCUCAUAGCCCGCAAAGCGUUGACCUUGCUGCUCUCCAUCUGCAUCCCAGCUCUCUACGUGUUGUUGGUGGCCACAGAGCACAUGGAGUACGUCAGAACGUUCAAGAAGAAGGAAGAUCUCCGCAACCGCCUUUUCUGGGUCAUUGUGGACAUGCUGGAUGUGCUGGACAUCCAGGCCAACCUGUGGGAGCCUCAGAAGAAAGGGCUGCCACUCUGGGCCGAGGGCAUCAUGUUCUUCUACUGCUACAUCUUGCUCCUGGUCCUGCCGUGCGUGUCCCUGUGCGAGAUCAGCAUGCAGGGGAUCGGCAUCGUGCCGCACCGGAUGAUGCUGUACCCCAUGCUGAGCAUGCUCACCGUCAACAUCACCACCAUCUUCAUCCGAGGCAGCAACAUGCUCUUCUUCAGGGAUGCCCGGGUCUCCAGCAUCUUCAUGGGCAAGAACAUGCUGGCCAUUGGGAUGAAGGUCUGUAUGUUUGUGCAGUACCAGCGGCAUCAGCACCACACGCCCCCGGGGCCGGACCCGCAGCACAGCACCCCAGCCCAGCCGCCCACGGGGCUGCGCAAGGCCCGGGACCAACCUGCCUGCCCCGAGGAGCUGGCCCAGGACAACACGUGACGAGCCAGCAGGAGCUACAGCCUGGGCAUCCCCACGCCUGGCUGUACCUACAGACCCGAGGCAGGCUGCCUAGCUCCCUGCCUGGACAGAGGGGAACGACCCUGCUCCCUCCUCCUCUGGGUAAAACGGCUCAGGGCCCUGAGGGGUGCAUGGCGAGGGCCCCCACAGCAGCCUCUGUGGAACCUCUGCACCCCACCUCGUAAAACAGCAGAGCAGGGGAGGAGGCCGGGGCUGCCUGCCAUGAGCUGUGUCUGGGUGAGGUCAGGCAGCCCCACCCUGUGCCAGGCUCCCUACUAGUGCUCCCCGUGCAGCACUGCUCUCUGGCCAGCCAGGGUGCCACACAGGGACACAGCAGUUCACCCACUUUUCUGCUGUGGUUGGCCAUGGCUUCAGUGUGGUCCUUGGCAGCAGCCUGCUCCCCACUGUGUGAGCCGAGGUCCCCAUGCAGGGGGAGCAAGGCCUGGGCCUCCCCCUGCUGUCACCCCUCUCAGCCAGCUGCAGGCCUGGGGGGACCCAAAAAGGGGUGACUGUCCUUUUUUCGUAUCUCCCUCUUUGCAAUAAAAGACCUGAGCCCUGCA